AUGGACCGUUUGGACCAUUUGGCCUGUUGGUCCACUGGACCGGUUGGACCAACUGGCCUGUCGGUCCAAUGGACGGGUUGGACCAACUGGCCUUUUGGUCCAAUGGACCGGUGGACCAACUCGCCUGUUGGUCCAACGGACCGUCGAGACGAAGAGGAUCCCCGGGUCGAGCGAAUGCGGGAGGAGAGUGACGAGGAGGAGGCGGGGAAUGUGGAGGCUGAGCAGGAGUACGGCGACGAGCCGGCGUACGGCGACGAACAGGAGCACGGCAAUGGGCGGGAGCACGCCGACGAGCAGGAGUACGGCGACGAGCAGACGCGGGCGGAACCCCACAUCCCGAGCGGGGCCGAGGGAGAGGAGCGCGCGCCCAGCGCGGAACACGCCGACUCCGCGGCGGCAGCGGAAGAGGAAGAGGGGGGGGCACGGGCGGAGGAGACACACGCCACCGGCUCCAGCCGCGUGGGAGGGCAUCGCGCCCGCGAUGUACUGCGGCAGGAAGGCCAGACUCGUGAGGAGGAGGCGCGCACGGUGCAGCCACGGGGAGUGCGCAGACGGAGCGAAGCGGAGUACGCACGCAUGACGGUAGACCAGCGACGGCGGGCGGAGCCGAGGGAUGGAAGCUCGCGCUCGCCAAGGGAGCCGCCGCCGAGGACUGAGCGGCACGCUGGCGCGGAAGGGAUGCGGGGAAGAGAAGAGGAGAACGCGGUUCGCUCGGCUGCUCGACCGCGGCCACCUGAGGGAGGACGCGGCGGGGAGUAUCGCUCGCCGGAGCCGCAGCGCUACGGGGAGGGGCGACGUAAGGAAGGAUCACGCUCACCGCGCCGGCAACAGCAGUGGGGGGAAGGGCCCAGUGGCGCGUCGCGGUCGCCCGACCGGCGCCGUUGGCGAGAAGGAAGACGGGAGGAGGCGGGCCACUCACCACCUGGCACACGGCAGCAGGGCAAGGGAAGGGAAGAGUGGUCGCCACUCCCGGCGAGACGUCAACUGCGUGAAGCCGGCCCGAGGGGAUGGGAGAGGAGUCACCACUCGCCGGCUCGGCGAUGGGAGCGGGCGGGAAGAGAGGGGAGUCAGUGGGGACAGUCAAGGGAGACGCGCGGGGAGCAGCAGGAGAGCAGGGCCAGGAGCGGCAGCUUGGCGCAGGGGCCGAGCGUGCACGAGUGGUUAGAGUGGGCCUGGAACGAGCCAGGCAAAGGGGGGGGGGUAUGGGAGACCGCUGGGAGGGGUGAGUGA